AUGGCGGACGUCGAUAUGACUGAUGUUCCGAGUACUACAGUGGCGAAGAAGGCUAAAGGCGGUGAUGCUGAUGCCAAGGGCGAGAAGAAGCGCUUCGAGGUGAAGAAGUGGAACGCCGUCGCACUAUGGGCCUGGGAUAUCGUGGUCGACAACUGCGCCAUCUGCCGUAACCACAUCAUGGACCUCUGCAUUGAGUGUCAGGCUAACCAAGCCUCGGCGACCAGCGAGGAGUGUACUGUAGCAUGGGGAAUUUGCAACCACGCAUUCCACUUCCACUGUAUCUCACGCUGGCUGAAGGCCCGACAAGUCUGCCCGCUUGACAACAGAGACUGGGAAUUCCAGAAGUAUGGUCGCUAG